AUGGUUGGGUUGCAGUGGAGGGUACAGACAAGUAAUGGGUCAUCAAAGCUUCUGGUUCCAGAAUCUGGUCUCAUUCGUAAAACUUGGUUAUGGUUUUUGGGUUUGCUUUUUGAGUUGAAAUCUAAAGUUGGAAGGUUCUUCAAGAAAGCAUGGGCAUUAGGGAUUGAAGAUCCAAAGAAAGUGAUCCAUUGUUUAAAGGUAGCCAUAGCACUCACCUUAGUGUCAUUGUUAUAUUAUGUGAGACCUUUGUAUGAAGGUGUUGGAGAACAGGAUGCUAUAUGGGCAGUCAUGACAGUUGUGGUAGUCUUUGAAUACACAGCAGGAGCAACAAUAUAUAAAAGCUUAAACCGAAUAACUGGAACUAUUCUUGCUGGAACACUAGCCGUCAUCAUUCACUGGUUUGCUAUCAAGUUAGGCAAAUCGUUUGAGCUUGUAAUUAUUGGAGCUUCAGUUUUCGUUUCAGCUUCAGCAGCGACUUUCACUAGAUUUAUUCCAACGAUAAGACUUCGAUUCGAUUAUGGUGCUGUGAUCUUUAUCCUCACCUACAGCUUGAUUGCGGUUUCGGGUUUUCGAAUUGAAAAUUUGUUUCAGAUGGGGUACCUGCGAGUUUCUACCAUUGUCAUUGGGACUGUUCUUUGCAUGCUCAUCAGCAUGCUCAUUUGUCCCGUUUGGGCUGGCGAGGAGCUUCACCUCCUCAUCACUCGUAAUAUGGAAAACCUUGCCAAUUCCUUGGAGGGAUGUGUGACGGACUACUUCAAGGAGAAGAACAGCAAAGGCAAUGUUGACAAUGACGAUAAAACCCAUAAAAUUUUAUUAGGAUACAAAUGUGUGCUAAAUUCAAAAGCGGCAGAAGAAUCUUUUGCCAAUUUUGCCAUAUGGGAACCUGCCCAUGGUUGCUUCAGAUUUAGACAUCCAUGGAAACAAUACCUCAAAAUUGGAGCAUCCAUGCGCAACUGUGCCUUCUGCAUCGAGAUUCUUAAUAGUUGCAUUAAUUCAGAAUUUCAGCUACAGGCACCAGACUUCAUAAAGAAGCAUUUCAGUGAUGCCUGCAUCAUAUUGAGUUCUUACUCUUCAAGGGUUUUGAAAGAAUUGGUUAUUUCUAUCACAACUAUGAGAAGAUCUUUCAAAAUAGAAUUAUCAGUUAGAGAGAUGAAAGAUGCUUUAAGAGAGCUUCAAAAUGUUUUGAAGUCCCUCCAUAGCUGCUUACUCAGUACUCCACCACCACCAUCAUCACCAUUACCAGAAAAUUCUGAAGAAACAACAAAAGAGCCAAUUUCAACACCCACCACUACAGUACCUCUAAUGGAGGUUAUUCCUCUCCUCACAGUAGCUUCAUUAUUGAUUGAAAUUGUGGCACGUAUUGAAGGGGUCGUCAAAGCUGUGAAUGAAUUAACAAACUUGGCAGAUUUCAAACCUCAAAUCGAAAAACCCAUGAAGCUCACCAGAGAGCCUAGCUCAGGAUAUCAAGAUCAAGAAACCUUGAAAGCACUAGAACAAGUUUGA